UUAUGUCAUAAAUAGAAGAAUCAUUUCGAAAUACUGACCAACAUAACGUCACGGAAAGGACAGUGAUGUAAUGUCAAACGCGCUUACUUAAACGUGCCCGUAUAUCAUAUGAUAAUAGAUAAUUUUGUGUUAUUAAUGUUUGCUACAAAUACAAGGCUGCAGAACAACAAGAAAUCAUAUGUAAUGGUUUCAUCAGUUAAUCCGCAGCCGCAGCAGCUGUUGAUCAACCCUUUAAUCAAUGCCAUAAUACUGCCAAGAUGACGACGACGACGUUAAGCAAAGUAUUUACUUACGAUCAAAUGCAAAACAUUUGUGGAGAGUUCACGCGAUUAAAAGAGAGAUGCUACCUAGACAAUGCCGGGGCUGCUUUGUUCCCAGAAAGCCUUCUGCGUCACAUAAAUGAUGACUUACAAAAUAAUAUGUACAUGAAUACACAUACGGACAACUAUACAGCAGACUGCGUAGAACAAGUGAGAUGUAUGGUUUUGAGACAUUUUAACACUGAUCCUUCAGAAUACACUUGUGUGUUUACUUCUGGCGCCACCCAGUCACUCAAGUUAACCGCAGAGUCCUUCCAAUUUGCUAGUGAUGACAAUAAUAACUGCGGUACAUUUGUAUAUCUCCAAGAAAAUCAUACAUCUGUUCUCGGACUCAGAGAAAUAGCAAAGAGUAAAAACACAGAUGUAGUCCAUAUUUCACAUGAAAGCUUCUUAGAAGCAUUGAACACUCCAAAACAUCAUUGGAAGAAACACAAUAAAAAUCAGGGCAAUACUCUCCUGGCAUACCCGGCACAGAGUAAUUUUAAUGGAUACAAAUACCCUAUAGACUGCAUUGACAAUAUAAAAAAAGGCUGCCUCAAUCAGUGCUUAAAGAAACAACUGUGCACAUUAAAUAAUAACUGGUAUGUGCUACUUGAUACUGCAGCGUAUGUGCCAACAAAUAAAUUAGAUUUGUCUAGCAUUCAGCCUGAUUAUUUGUGCAUAUCUUUUUACAAAAUAUUUGGCUACCCAACUGGGCUAGGUGCGCUGUUGAUAAAGAAUAGUAGUGCAAAUGUUUUGAAUGAUAAACAAUACUUUGGUGGAGGCACAGUGGAUAUUGUGUUGAGUACUGAAGAUUUCCAUAUGAAAAGGACAGUCCUGCAUGAAAGAUUUGAAGAUGGCACACUAAACUUCUUAUCAAUAAUAGCCUUGAAACAUUGUUUUGAUACAAUGCAGAAUUUAAUACCAAAAGUAAUAAAUAAUGACAUAAUGGAUUCCAUAACAUAUCACACAUUUGCUUUGGCCCAAGACCUGUUUGAGCAACUGAGGAAUCUGAAGCAUCCAAAUGGCGCGCCGGCAUCCGUCUUGUACAUGGAUGACCAGUUUACUGAUGUAAGGAAACAAGGAGCUAUUGUAACAUUCAACCUAUUGAGAGAGGACGGGACAUUCAUUGGAUAUGCAGAGUUCCAACAUAUGGCAGAGCUUUUCAACAUAAACGUGAGAACUGGCUGUUUCUGCAACUCGGGCGCCUGCCAACGCCACUUAAAAGCGUCCAACAAAGACUUGAAAGACAUGUUCAAAGCCGGCCACAAAUGCGGGGACCAAGUAGAUUUACAUCAGGGCAAACCUACUGGAGCUAUUCGAGUUUCCUUCGCGUACUACAACACGUAUAAUGACGUUGACACACUAGUUCUCAUGAUAUGCCGUUGCUACCUCAAAAAUAUAUACAGAAAACCAAAGCGUUUCGGCCCUAACAACAUUUUAACCGUAAAUAAUACGCAAUAUGAAGAAGACACUUUGAAAAUUCCCAUUGAACUUUUAGAAACUAGUGAUGUGCCUGACUCUCCUGAAUUGGAGUCUAAAAUAAAGUUAGUAGAAAUGAAUAUAUUCCCCGUUAAAUCCUGUGGUGCAUUCAAAGUAACAAGCAAUUGGAAAUUGGGUCCAAAAGGAUUCGAAUAUGACAGAGAAUGGAUGGUUGUGAAAGACAAUGGAGUUUGCUUGACACAGAAACAGAAUAUGCUGAUGUGCUUGAUAAAACCAGUAAUAGACUUGAAGAAGAAAUUGUUGAUAUUGAAUUUUAAAGGCAAGGAUCCCAUCUCUAUACCUCUAUACCCCACAUCAGACAGCAAACUAAAAGAAUCCAAGAUCUGCAGCUCCAAAGUCUGCACAGACGUCGUCCAAGGCAUAGACUGUGGGGACAAAGUAGCCGACUGGAUAUCAGAAGCUCUGGAAGUCUCUUACUUACGACUAGUGAGACAAUCAAAUGAUAGGAAACUUAAAAAGAAAGGGGAAUCGGAAACUAAGUUACUCUCUCUAAGCAACCAAGCUCAAUUCCUUCUUAUAAAUAAAGCAACAGUUAGAUGGUUAAAGGGAAAAAUUGACGAUCCGUUUUUCACUGAUGAUGUGGAUCAUUUGACUGAUCGGUUUAGAGGGAAUUUGAUCAUAGAUAUGGAUGAAGAGCUAGUUGAGAGAGAGUGGCAGCGAGUGUUUAUUGGGAAACAGGAAUUUAAGGUGGAAGGACAAUGCAACCGCUGCCAAAUGGUCUGUAUAGACCAGUCAACCGGCGAAAAGACUGUGGAGCCCCUUAGAACAAUCUCAGAACAAUUUAGCGGGAAACUGCGAUUCGGAAUCUAUUUAACGUAUAUUGGUGCAGCUGACGGGUCUAUAGAAAGCAUACUGAAAACUAAAUCACCUGUCAAACCAAUCAUUAAUGAUGAUAAUAUAAGCAGGUGAAAUAACUAUGAAAUUACAUGGAGAACUUAGAAAUACUAAAUUUAUAAAUGAUUGUGUGGUGUACACUUUAGUUCACUGGUGAUAAAAAUAUCUGGUCUCCACUAGAAACUGUAGAGCACUGAAAACAGGUCACACGAAUAUUAUACGAAGUGACCUACUUUUGUUGCACUAUAGUAUUUUUAUUGAAUUUAAGUAUGUAGUUAGAUUUUUAUAGUAGCUAUGGGAAUUCAAUAUAGCCAUUAAGCACUGUGUACUAGUUGGCUUCCAAUAUUUCUAGUGGUUACCAAAAUUUGCUUAAAGUUGUAUGUUGCCACUGUGUUAGUAACAUGUUGCCAGUUGUCCAGAUGGCCCGUAACCGUAUUUAGUAUGAAUAUGUUUAUAUAAAUAGUAGAAAGUCACAGUUGACAGUGCAUAAUGGCUCAUAGUAGGCAUAGUAAUUAAUUAGUUUUAACUUUAACUGAAAUAUAUUAAUUAAUUGUUACAUUGUUGCACCUCAUAGAAAUAAUAGUAUUUUUUAUUAUUAGAAUUUAUAGUAACCUAUAAAAGAGGGAUAAAACACAAAGCCUGUCCUAUAAAUAUUUUUCAGUACAGAUGGUCGUUUUUUUACGCACUAGUGCGAGAAGUGGUUCAUACUAUAACAGGUCGAAACUUCGGAAGCUCAUCUGUACUGAAAAACGUCGUACGAUACUCGUGCGAAAAGGAAAUUCGUAACUCGUGUCGAUUUAAAACACUCCCUUCGGUCGUGUUUUAAUUUAUCGCCACUCGUUUCGAACUUCCUUUUUUUACGCACUUGUAUCGUAAUGUACUAAUCUAUCAUAGUAGGUAAAGAGCAUUUGAUAAGACUGUAUGUAUUAUUGUUUUGCACAUAUAUUGUACAAGUCGAGUAGCUAUCGUUAUUUUGGUCUUUCUAUUUCAUAAUAAGUAAUACAAAAAUAUUGUAUUGUAGAUAGUCAAAUGGGAUAUAUUAUUUUUUAUAUUCAUAAAUAAAAUUAAUUUUCCUUGAAGUUACAUUUUACCGCUUUGCAGAAAAGAGUAUGGGACUACAUUUUUUUAACAUAGCAACACAUAACUGUUCUCAUUGAAGUGUCAAAAUAGUUGCCACAUGCAAAACGAUUUACAUAGACGGUGGCGCCCCUAUCAUUUUUUAUUCUCUUUUUGCCAGGCUGUAAGUCACCAUUGCCAUAGAGGAAUAAGUAAGGGAAGAGUGGUAACUCCAUACAUCAGUAAAUGCGGGUAAAUUGUAUAGGCAUAGUUAAGUGAAUUAUCAGUACCACUACUCGAUACUAGAUGGCAACUGUGUCUCAUCUGCCAAGAAUUUAAUAUUAGAACAAUUUACAACUUAUAUUACAAGCAGAAGGAAUUGAAAACAGAAUACUGAUUAAUACUACUGUAAUAUUAGCUAAAAAAUUGGUGAGCAUUAGACUUUUCGUUCA